CACUUUCCCAUCCGGGUCAGAUCGGAAGCAACACUAUCCGGUGCAUUGGGCGAGUGUGUGUGUGUGUCACACUUUCAGCUGGCGAGUCUGUCAUGCUGCUCUCAGCACACCUUUAACCUGCGGAUACACAUGAAACAUACGGAUUACCUGUCAGACACGCACGCAAGGGCUCGUUUGCUGUCGCUUCAGACACUGAUCUGAUCAUUUCUAAGCUUUUUUUUAGUGUUUAGUGGAGGAAAUUUGGGGAUAAGAUGGCGGAUGUGGCUCCGGCCGGCGUGGAGAAGAGUCUGGAUGACUUCUUCGCUAAGCGCGACAAGAAGAAAAAGAAGGAGAAGGGCAAGGGGAAGGAGCAGGCGACCGGAGGAGCUGGAGGAACCGUAAUGGCGGUGAAAAAGACGAAAAGGGAGAAGGAGAAGUCGACGAAGAGUGAGAAUCAGGACGCGCAGAUAGAAAAGGAGGAUGAGGAAUGGAAGGACUUUGAGCAGAAGGAGGUGGACUACACCGGACUCCGACUCCAGGCCCUGCAGAUGAGUGAUGAGAAGGAGGAGGAAGAAUACGAGAAGGAGGAAGUGGGCGAGGAUGGUGAGAUCAUCCUGGUCACUGGUGAUAAAGUCUCUGGACCCUGGAAUAAAUCAAGCGCCCCCCCUUCAGCUGCUUCGGUAGAGGAAGUUGAGGUUCCUGAGCCCAAAGCACCUGGCGUGUAUCGUCCCCCAGGGGCCCGGUUAACCUCUACCAAGAGAGGCCCAACUCAAGGGCCUCCAGAAAUCUUCAACGACACCCAGUUUCCCUCUCUCCUCUCCACCGCCAGACACGUGGAGACUCGCAAGGACCGAGAGAUGGAGAAGACCUUCGAGGUGGUCAAGCACAGGAGCCGGGUCAGAGAAGGGGAAGGCCCAGGCUCCAUGCAGCAUCUACAGUUAGAUAAUCAGUAUGCCAUCCUGGGGGACAAGUAAAAGCCAUCUCCCUCUCCCCCCCCAAGCCUACCACCAAUGGUACAGUAAGACUCGUUGGGGGAAAAUGUCCUGCAGCUGUCUGAUGCAGUCCUGACUGAGCUGGAGACGUCUGUGCCCAUUUUCACACACACAACCAACACAUGCACACACACACACUCGCACACAACAAUACAUAAACAUCCCAUUAGACCUCUGUCAAGCAACACCCAGAAAUGAACAUAUUUUGACCCAUUUAGCCAUCAAAAUCCUCUCAUACACACAUGGACACGGCUGAUAAAGGCCCUCCCUUAUCAACUGCAUUCAAACGGGCUGCAGCAACAGGAACUGACUGAUAUUUCAAAUUCUGCUUUAUACGACACCGUUCACCAAGAUGAAUGACACUGCAUCAAACGAACAAGGCAUCAAAUGUUUCUUACGGUUGAUUUCCUCAUGGGGGUGGUUGGCCGGCAGAGCCACUGGACAUCGGCCAACCCUGAGAAAAUGAGAAAAGCCACUUUGAGGAUGGAGUUCAAGACAUUGGGUGAGAAUUAAACAAACCAACAUCUGCUGAGGGUUUUUAUUUAUUUUUUUUCUUCACUACAUCAGUAUAACUCCCAAACCAUUGGAUUUUUUUGUACUUACAUUGUGAUGACAGAACGCUGGGAGUUUUUGGUUUGGGCACUAGAGAGUGGAGGCUACCUCAGUAAGUAACUGUGGUUACAAUGUCGACCAGGUCCUGGGCUCUGAUUGGCUGCAGGAAUUAACACCAGUCUGGCCAAAGAGGAGCAGCUCAACGUUUUAACUGUAACCUUGAAAAUUCAAUUUUUUUUUCCCUCCCCAUUUUGCAAGAUCUGUUGACAGAGGCAUUGAGUCUUCAAAUUUACUUUUUAAAGUGGCCUUACUGUGGGGAAAAAAAUAUGAAAGUGAUGGGAGAGAAAUAUAUAUAUAUAUUUAGAGAAUGUGUUAAAAUAGCAUUCUGGAAGGCACUUCCUGGUCGUUUUGCAGGUAAAGCCUGCUUGAUUUGAUUCUUACCACUCUGAGGAGUAAAAACCACCUCCGUAUCCCUCUGUGAGAAUGUAGUUCUGCGCUAGUUUGUCAACAUAUUGCGAAUAAUGGAUUUUCUCUAACAAUGUCCCUUUAACCCUUUCAUCCCUGUUCCUCUCCUCAUUUUAUUUGAUUCCAUGAUUGACAAACCAUUAUUAAAGCUUAACCUUUCUAAUCUCA